ACUGUGACAACGGGGACACCACGGUGGCAAAGAUGGUGCCCUGGCUGUGGGGGGUGACGGUCACAGCGCCAGGGGCAGGAGCUACAGGAGGGGCCGGGAGUCCGGUCCCGGGUGGGUCGGCACUAGGACCCGGCGGCGCGGGGCCGGCGCGGAUUCCAGGCUGGCUCCGCGCGUGACGUCACGCGGCCCCGCCCCGCCGCGGCCCCUCGCGCUCGGGAAAAUGCUGCUGUCGGUGCCGCCGCGCUCCGCGCUCCCCGCGCUCACCUACAACAAGGGCGGCAAGAAGCAGCCCUAUGUGCCCCCGGCGCAGCCGUUGGGCCCCCCCAGCCCCAGCCCCGCCGGGGGGGGCACGGACCAGCUCAGCAAAACCAACCUCUACAUCCGCGGGCUGCACCCCGGCACCACCGACCAGGACCUGGUCAAGCUCUGCCAGCCCUACGGGAAGAUCGUUUCCACCAAAGCCAUCCUGGACAAGACAACCAACAAGUGCAAAGGUUACGGCUUCGUCGACUUCGACAGCCCCACGGCGGCUCAGAAAGCGGUGACGGCGCUGAAGGCCAGCGGGGUGCAGGCGCAGAUGGCCAAGCAGCAGGAGCAGGACCCCACCAACCUGUACAUCUCGAACCUGCCGCCCGGGGUGGACGAGCAGGAGCUGGAGGCGCUGCUGAAACCCUUCGGGACCGUGGUGUCCACCCGCAUCCUGCGCGACCCCCACGGGGCCAGCCGCGGCGUGGGCUUCGCACGCAUGGAAUCCACGGAGAAGUGCGAGGCCGUCAUCACCCACUUCAACGGGAAGUACAUCAAGAUGCCCCCGGGGGGUGCCAGCCCCCCGGACCCGCUGCUCUGCAAGUUCGCGGACGGGGGGGCAGAAGAAGCGACAGAGCCAGAGCAAGUUGUGCCCAACGGGAGAGCGUGGGCGCGGGACGGCGACACGAACACCGUGACCUUGGCCUAUGACCCCGCGACAGCGCUGCAGAAUGGGUUCUACCCGGCACCCUAUGGCCUGGCCCCCAGCCGCAUGAUCGCCCCCCCCGCACUGCCCUACCUGCCCUCCCCCGUCUCCUCCUACCAGGUUCACGGCCCUGCCUGGAUGCACCAAUCGUACCUCGUGCAACCCACGGGCGCGGUUCUGGCCCCCGCUGUGGACCACGCCGUCCCCCUCCAGCCCUCCGUGGUGGCCCCCCUGGCCCAGCAGCUCGGCCACCUCUCUCUAGGCAGCGCCGGCACGUACGUCCCCGCCGCCGCCGUCCCCGGCGCCUUCAUCCCGCCGUACCCGCCGGUGCCGCCCGCGCUGCCGCUGGAGGACGGCAGCGCCGCCCCGGCCCACGGCCCCAUCGAGUCGCCGUCUGAACCCGGCGCCUUCCCCUACCCCUACCCCAAGUAGUGGGGGGGGGGGCGCCGGCCCGAGGGGACCCCCGGACUGCGGGAGGGGCUGGACCGGGACCCCCCCCACCCCAUCACUGCUGCCUGGGGAUGGACCCUGACCCGGGAGGGGGGGGCCCGUCCCUGUUCUGGGGGGUCACGC